AAUAUUGCUUUGUAUUUGGUUUCUCAACUAAAUUACAGUUAAAAGCCUGUUCGCAUUAUCGGACGGUGCGAGCAGGCUUCACCAUGUCUGAAAAGUCGAACACAACAUGUCAGAACAACAGGCAAGAUGAAAAAUCAACAAGUCAGUAUUGCGACGUGUUGCUCAGAUCACAAGAAGAUAGGAACAGGACUUUUUCCAAACUAUGCCAUGGAGAUGUAAGCGUAAUAGGUAAAAUAUGGAUCUGCACUCUUCGGGCGUUCUUACUAGGUUUCCAGUACCCUUUAUCAGGUAGUACUAGAAUUAGUACGAAUAAGAUACCAAAAUGUGAAGAGAAGAUGCGAGUUUCUAAAGUUAUUGUAGAUUGUCCUAAAGAAGACACUCAAGAUAAUCUUUUACAUAACCUGGUGCUACCGUAUGUAAGUAAAGUAAGAAGUACUUGUCAAGGAUUAAUAAUAAGUUACAGAAAGGAGCUCAGUGAUACUUGUAACGAAAUAAAGAUUGAUAUGUUUACAACUGGAGAAAAUAUGAUAAAAUAUUUUAGAGAUGAAGAGAAUUAUAACAGAAGAGUACAGAUAGUAGCAAGUGGGUGUAUGCUAGGAUAUUUAAAGCCUGGUGGUUUACCUACAAGAUUGUUCUAUGCUGCUUGUGGACUUACCGGUACAGGGAUGCUGUGUUUUCCAAAAGAAACUGAUGCGAAGAUUAGAAAAGUUUUCUAUUUCACUGGAAGAACAGUCAUGGAUGGGUAUUAUUUUAUAACAGAUAGCAAACCUCCAGACGAACGAAAUAUGAGCCAAGAUUUUUGUAAACGUCCGCGUGAAAAAUAAAAUAUUUUUUUGUUAUCAA